UAUAUGGUGAAAACAAAAACACAAAAACAGAUGGCUUCUAAUAUUAGCACAGCUAUGUAAAAUUUUAGUUAAUGUCAUAUCAAAUGUGUUUUAUCAUAAACUUAAAGAACAUUUCCCUUUUUGGGGGGAAGAGGGGAGAAUGAACCUAUGUGUAUAAAUUAUGCUGGUAUCAUUCUGGGCACAUAAUUGUGGGUUUGGGGAGAUGGGAUCACAUUCACAGCACACCAGUCCAAAAGGUUGUGCACCGGCUUCUCAUUUAUUUCCAGGCCCAAUUCCAGGCAAUAGUAGUUUAUCUUCAAGCCCUAAAUUAAUAUGCAGUGCAUGAAGGAAAGCCUCUCACCACUCAGCCUGCCAACGUCUAAUGACCUGGAGAAGGCAACAGUCUUCUCAAGGCCUCACAGGACAGAACUAUAUCAAGAUUUCCCAUCAACAUGUUGGCCUAUUGUGUAUUCUCGAGAUUAUAACAUUACAUUUAUGGGACUGGAGAAACUACAUCCGUUUGACGCUGGAAAAUGGGGGAAAGUAAUAAAUUUUUUGAAAGAAGCAAAACUAAUUGCAGAUGACUCAAUCGUACAAGCUCGAGAAGCAACCGAAGAAGACCUUUUAGUUGUUCAUACACGACAGUACUUGAAUCGAUUAAAGAAGCACAUACUGGAAAGCUUUGAAGAGUGGUCAUUCGUUGUGGCUACCAUUACAGAAAUUCCACCCGUUCUUUUUAUGCCCAAUUUCCUUGUACAGAGGAAGGUACUCAGACCUCUGAGAACACAAACAGGAGGAACAAUCAUGGCAGGGAAACUGGCCAUUGAGAGAGGAUGGGCAAUUAAUGUUGGUGGUGGCUUUCAUCACUGCUCCAGUGAUAAAGGUGGAGGAUUUUGUGCGUAUGCGGACAUCUCAUUGGCCUUAAAGUUUUUAUUUGAAAGAAUAGAAGGCGUUUCUAGGGCGACUAUUAUAGAUUUGGAUGCACAUCAGGGAAAUGGUCAUGAAAGAGACUUCAUGGAGGACAGAAGAGUGUAUAUUAUGGAUGUUUACAACAGGUAUAUUUAUCCAGGAGAUGGAUUUGCUAAACGAGCCAUAAGACGGAAAGUUGAAUUGGACUGGGGCACAGAAGAUACAGAAUACCUUCAGAAAGUAAAAACGCAUGUGGAAGGUGCAUUGAAUGAAGUGAAAUCAGACAUAAUUAUCUAUAACGCUGGAACUGAUAUUCUGGAUGGUGACCCCCUGGGAGGUCUGGCUAUUUCACCUCAGGGGAUUAUUGACAGAGAUGAAAUUGUAUUCAGAGCUGCUCGGAAACACCAAGUUCCAAUCUUGAUGGUGACGUCUGGAGGCUAUCAGAAGAGGACGGCACGAAUUAUUGCAGAUUCUGUUCUCAAUUUGCACAGUUUAGGGCUCAUUGAUAAAGACCUUGCAACUGGAGAAACUGGAAUCACCAAGGCAGAAACAAGCAGAGAACAGUAGACAAAAAACAGCUAACUUGUCAGUAAAGUAGGAUAAUUUUGACUGUUGUUUAAUGCUAAGGCAGUUCUAAUUGUUUAAUAUUUAAACUAAGAGACAAGUAAUAUCCCUAGUUCUCAUAGAAUUAAUAUAAGAUUUUUAAUUUGUUUACCAGUGACAGUCCCACAAGGAAUACCAGCGGAUGGAUGAUGCUUCUCACAGUCCUUUUCAGUGAUUUUAAAUGCUGCUUUGUUAGUAUAAUAUGGACAUAAAAUCUGGGACUGAUUAUUUUUCACGAUGGAGCCAGAAUAUAAAAAAAUGUUAAUACCCUGCCUUGCAGUGGUCUCUCCCUUUGGUGAAAGAAUAAUGUACUGUAGUAUCUGAAGAAUGCCCACUUAAAGGGAAGUUAUUUUUGUGGGUAGACAGAGAAAUGGCUUGCAACUUAGAUUAAGAGUAUUUUGAGGAGCACAGCUGGCAUAUUACAAACACAAGGAAAGAAAGUAAUGUGAAAGACCCACAAAAAACUAUGCAUGCCAGCUGUGAAAGCCUUCAAUUUCACAAAGUAGUGUGUGUUAAAAAUGCAAUAUGGAGAACUGUUUCAACCAUUUCCAAGUAGAUUUUUGAGAGGAAAACUGCAAACCUCAUUCAAUAUGAGGAUUUCAAUUUUUACUGUUAACUGUUUAACUAUUGAAUAUACUUCACUGGAAAGGAAAGGCAGGUAUACUGUUUCUUCCAGCAUGCAUACUUCUUUUUUCUGCCAAGAUGAUAAACACCACCCUGAAGCAUAUGAUGUAUACUUGAGUAUAAAUUGACUUCAUGUAUAAGUUGAGGGCAGUUUGGGGGCUAAAAUUAUGCAUUUUGAUAUAACCCAUGGAUAUGUUGAGGAUAAAAAUUAGAGACAUGUAACAAAGAAUCCAAAGGACUAAGCAAAUGAAAAUGAUGCCAAAGAAAUUACAAAAUUCUGGCAAGCAUAAUUGUUUGGGCUCACCCUAAAGGCUGGAUGAAUGAGGAAGAAACUAAAUGGUGGCUAUGCAAUGUGUAGGGGAGGCGAUAAGGCCCAGCCCUGGGCUAAGAAAAUGCACACAUGUCAGAAAGGAUGUACAGGCAAAGCAAGAAAAUGGUGACUACAUUAGCAGGCUUUUAACUUUGAUGUGAUAACUUUGCCUGAUUUUAAACCCAGAAAAGCUGACUACCAUAGGUCCACACUGCAGAAAUAAUCCAGUUUGAGACCUCUCUA